AUGGCACGAAGGAAAGCAGACAGCGCGUCUAGGUACAAGGAUUACUUUGAGCUCAUCCGCACGAAAAUUGAGAAAUACAACAUCCUGCCUUGCAACACGUAUAAUGUGGACGAGAAAGGCUUUCUCUUGGGCGUAAUCAAUCGAACGAAGAGGGUCUUCUCCCUCAAUGUCAAAAAACAAGGCAAAUUGCUCGGAGCAGCGCAAGACGGCAAUCGUUCCUGGAUUACCUUCCUUGCAUGCGUCUGCCAGGACAUGACGUCACUGCCCCCGUUCCUCAUCUACCAAGGCAAGCCAGGACAAGUUCAGGAUUCUUGGCUCACAGAAUUUGAACCGGAGCAUCAAUCUGCCUUCUUUACAACGUCAGAAACGGGGUGGACAAAUCACGAGCUUGGAAAGGAGUGGCUCACCAGCGUUUUCGACCGGUUUACCAAGGCAAAGGCUCGAAACGGCCGUGACUAUCGCCUUCUCAUUACCGAUGGCCACUCGAGUCAUCUUAUCCAAUGGACGACAAAGACACAGGGUCUCAUCAGUCUGUCGAAGCGCGAGUUCUGGACCUUAUUUUGGAAUGCUUUUACGGCUUCCUUCUCCGUGCAAAACAUUGCCAUCGACCAUUCGUCUAGCGAUGCUGGUCGCAGCAGCCGAAAGCUGAAGAGCACUUUGGAGAGCCUCCAAUCUGAGGUUGAGCUGCUUCGAUAUGAGAACCAGGGACUCCGUGAGACAACUAUCCAUGAGAAGCAGCGCAGACAGCGCGGUAAAGCUCCGAAGGACUACCUCUUCGACCGCAUAGAUCCUAAGUCAGCUCAGAUAUUUAGCCCCGCGAAAGUGGCUCAAGCCCGUGUAAAGAAGGCUGAAAUGGAGGCCCGGAAGAAAGAGGAGGCUUUGAAGAAGGAGGCGCAAAAGAUUCAGCGACAGCAGAAGGCGGCUGAGCAAAAGGCUCUCGCCUUGGAGAAGAGGAGGCAAAAAGUGGCCGAUAUGGAGACAAAACGACAGAAAAAGGAAGCCAGGAAGCAAGAGAGGGAGGCCAGGCGGCAAGUCCGGCAAGAGCUGGAGCGCCACAGCCAGGAAAUAGCAUGCGAAAUGCAGCAUGAACAACAGGCCGCUUCUGAGGGUCGCGCGAAAAGCCCCGGCCAGCGCAAGUCCGAGGGCAACAACGACUCCGGUGCGCACAAUACGUGCGAAAAGACCGUCUUUGGCUUGUGA